CUACCAACGGUUCGUGCACGCCCUUGAACACAAUUCUGCAGGACCAGAAAAAAAACUGUGUCGUUCACAACCACCAGCAUGAUGUAUCUCUCCUCCGUGUGCGUAUUCACGUUUAUGAACCAUCGACAAUACCGUCCCUGCACCGCAUUCCAGGACAGAACGACAGAAAAAAAAUGUCCGCAAAUUAAUUGCAAUAAUACAAGUCUCGAACCCUUCCCCCACCCACGUCCUUCUUCAACCCGCUCAUGCCCGGCCUAAAAUAUGGUCUUACUACUAUCCUUGCACUGGACAGUUGCAGAUGUAUAUAAUUUACGAACAUACGGCCAGGAGGUCUUUGCUAGUAUUCUAAGAAUAACAAAACAUCCAGGGUCAGCUUGAUCGGCCCUAUACUCGGGUUUUUUUACAGGGUAAGAUUGUUUGGACUACACGUCGAAUGUACGAAGGGUCUGUACACAGUAUCAGGUCCUUGCGGGAAAUUGCCCUGAGAUACGAUCUAGGUUGAUAAAAAGAAGCGAUGAAUCGAACAAGUAUUAGAGAUGCUGAUACAGGUACAGAUAGAGUACGUGUACAGGAAAGGAG